AUGAUGAAGGACAUGACCCCCGAGCUGGGAAGGAGGAAACGAGCGGCUUGGGGAGCAUUCAAGAGCAUCGAGGAUGUAGUGAAGAGGACCAAGUACAUCCGGCUCCGUGCUCACCUAUUCAACACCACCGUUCUUCCUGCUUUGACCUACGCUUCAGAAACGUGGGCGUUUCGCAAGGAGAAAAAUGUGAUCAGCAUCAUUGAACGCGGAAUUGAAAGGGUGAUGCUAGGAGUAACCCGCUUUACGAAAGUGAAAGAAGAGAUUCGAAGUUCACUCCUAAGUCAAGAAUCGAAGAUCAGAGACGCUGCCGCAUAUGCCAAGGAAAGGAAAAUUAGGUGGGCCGGACACGUGAUGCGCUUUGAUGACAACCGUUGGACCAGACCCGUGAGCGACUGGGUUUCCCGCGAUAUCAAGCGCACUACCGUCGACCCGAUGGUCAUCUUUUUUCACGAAGUACUUCAAAGACAAUUAUGA